AUGUAUCAUGGGUCUUCAUCUAGCGUUGCCAUGGAUGUGAAAGAUCUUCAGAUAAUUGGUGACUCGGAUUUGCUGAUUCAUCAGGUUCGAGGAGAAUGGGCCUUCAAAGACCAAAAAAUCAUACCAUAUGUAGGACUUGUACAAAGAUUAGUAGAUCGAUUUCAAGAAGUCCAGUUCAAAAACAUACCAAGAACCCAAAAUGAGUUUGCUGACAUAUUAGAGACAAUAGCAUCCAUGAUUAAACAUCCUGACAAUAAAUACAUUGAUCCUGUCAAAAUCAAAAUCAAAGAUCAACCAGCCCAUUGUGCUUUUGUAGAAGUAGAUAUUGAUGGGAAACCCUAG